GAUCAUUUUUUAAAGAAUGUUUUACAAUUUUAAAGAAAUAAUUUUACUAUUUGAAUCUGUUGUCUUUUUUGUUGUUGUUGUUAUUUUUGUUGAGUUCUCUUUCCCGCUCGUUAAUUGGUUGAUUUGAAGCCCCUUUACGGAGCCGCGCAGAAAAAAAAAAUCUACGCACUUUUCAACUUCCGCACAAAAGCUGCUGCUACAUGCGGAACCUCCUCAAAAAGAUUAUUCCUGGACCGAUAAAACCAAACCAAAAGGGGAAAUGAGUGUCUUUGUGCCCGAACGGUUAAACACUAUAGGACUUUAAAAUAACAAGAGUUUGGUGAAUCAUUUGUCAAACAGUCGAGGGCUGGAGAAGGUGUAACUGUUGAGUAAAACCUCUCUACCCCUGCUACAGGUGCCAUGAAGGACAGACUGAUUGAACUGCAGAACUUCUCAAAGUCUGCAGAGAAUGACGACAGGUCGAGAGAAACUGGCACAGCAGAGGAGGAAAAUGCUGUCCAACAGGCCGUCACAUUUGAGGGAGAGGAUGUGAUGGACGUUAUCUACAAGGAGGCACAGGCAAUAAGGAAAGAGAUGACAAUGCUCAAACUCAGUGUGAAACGUCUGGGGAAGCAGAACACCAGGUUCCUCACAUCUGUCAGGAGGAUAAGCAGUAUCAAACGAGACUCCAACGCUCUUGGACGUGAUAUCAAGGCCAGAGGGGAGGCCAUUUACACACGCUUGGAGGCGCUGGGGAGACAAAACAAGAAGAUAGAGGAGGAACAUGGGCCCUGCUCUGCUGUGGCACGCAUGGCACGCUCACAGUAUGUGUCCCUGACUGGCACCUUCCACGAAGUCAUGUCCGAAUACAACAAUGCUGAGAUGGUCCAGAGGGAAAACUGCAAGACACGCAUCCAGAGGCAGGCGGAGAUCAUGAGUCAAGAGGUCACCAGGGAGCAGAUUGAUGAGAUGAUUGAAACCGGGAAGUGGAACAUCUUCUCUGACAACCUCCUACUUGAGGGCAAGACCUCCAGAUCUGCUCUCAGUGAGAUCGAAAACAGGCACAAGGAGUUGUUGGAGCUGGAGAGCCGCAUCAGGGACAUUCAGGAGCUCUUCUUCCAGAUGGCACUGCUGGUGGAGCAGCAGGGCUGCAUGAUAGACAACAUAGAAGCAAACGUGGUGGCGACUCAGGACUAUGUUGUCAAGGCCUCAGAACAGAUCACACAGGCUGUGAGGUACAAGAAGGACAAUCCCUGCAAAAAACUCUUUUGCUGUUGUUUCCCCUGUUGCAAUUAAGAAUUCACUGCUCUCUCUUGCAGUAAUCAUCGUCUUUCACACAUGCCAGUGAAUUAUUUUUGCCCCGUGUGCUAGUGUGGUGUGUGUGUGUGUGUGU